GAUUUGGUUGAUUUGAAAUGUCUUGUUGACUGAGGAACCACAAACCAGGUUGAAGGGUAAGGAGCAUUUUCUAUAUAUGAAUCUCUAAAACCCAGUGCUUUAUCAUAACAUCAUUUUCAAACUUCCGACUAGAGAGGGUCUUUUCAAUGGCAGACGAAGUGACCAAGAGGUAUGCAGUUGUCACCGGGGCAAAUAAGGGUAUUGGACUUGAAAUAUGUAAGCAAUUAGCUCAAAAUGGGAUCACGGUGGUAUUAACUGCUAGAGAUGAGAAAAGAGGUCUUGAAGCUCUUGAAAGUCUACAACACUCUGGUCUCUCAGAUUAUCUAAUUUUUCACCAGCUCGAUGUAACAGACCCUGAAAGCAUUGCUUCUCUGGUAGAUUUUGUGAAGAAACAAUUUGGGAAGUUGGAUAUCUUGGUUAACAAUGCUGGGGUAUUUGGUGCAACCUUUUUGGUUACUCCUAGUGCUGAGGUAAAUUUGAGUGAUAUACAGAGUAAAGUGACUGAUGGCAAUUACGACUUAUCCGAAGAAUGCCUAAAAAUAAACUACUAUGGCGCUAAAAGAACUGCCGAAGAACUUAUUCCAUUGCUGCAACUAUCCGACUUACCAAGGAUCGUAAAUCUUUCCUCCUCUGUAGUCAUGCUGAAGGGUAAAUGUGAGAAGCUUAAAGGAGUGUUAACAGGUGUUACAACAGAGGAGAAACUGAAUGACUUAAUAACCGAGUAUCUAAAAGAUUGUAAGGAGGGCUUACAUGGAAGUAAAGGAUGGCCAGACUUCAUCUCUGCCUAUACCGUCUCAAAAGUAGCACUUAAUGCCUACACAAGGAUUCUGGCAAACAAGUACCCGGAUUUCUGCAUCAACUCUGUUUGCCCUGGAUAUUGCAAAACUGAUAUAAACCUCAACACUGGUAUCAUAACUGCUGAAGAAGGUGCUGUGACUCCUGUUAAGUUGGCACUGUUGCCUAAAGGUGGCCCUUCUGGUCUCUUUUUUGUGAAGGGUGAGCCUGCAACUCCGGAACCUCAGCAAAGAGAGUUUUUCUCUACUUUCUCCACAAUAUCAAUGGCAGAAGUAACAAAGAGAUAUGCAGUGGUUAGUGGUGCAAACAAGGGAAUUGGAUUGGAAAUAUGUAAGCAGAUGGCUUCAAAAGGAACCAUGGUUGUUUUAACAGCUAGAGAUGAGAAGAGGGGUCUUGAAGCUGUUGAUAAGCUGAAAGAUCUUGGCCUGUCUGAUAAUGUAGUUUUUCAUCAGCUUGAUGUUGCAGACCCUGCUAGUGUUGCUUCUUUGGUGGAUUUCGUCAAAACACAAUUCGGAAAGCUUGAUAUCUUGGUGAACAAUGCAGGGAUUGGUGGCGUCAAAGGUGAUUUUGAAGCUCUUAGAGCUGCAGGCUUUGGUAAGCCUGGUGCACAACCAAACUGGGGUAGUCUGCUGACUCAAUCACCAGAGUUAUCCGAGCAAUGCCUUCAAACAAACUACUACGGCGCCAAAAGAAUGUGCGAAUCACUUAUUCAGCUUCUCCAGCUAUCCAGUUCACCGAGAAUUGUAAAUGUUUCUUCUUCUAUGGGGAAGUUAAAAAAUGUAUCGAACGAAUGGGCAAAAGCAGUCCUGAGUGAUGCUGGGAAUCUUACAGAAGACAAGGUGGAUGAGAUAUUGAGCCAGUAUAUGAAAGAUUUCAAGGAGGGUUCAUUGCAAGAGAAGGGUUGGCCUGCUUUUAUGUCAGCCUACAUACUGUCUAAAGCAGCCAUGAAUGCCUACACAAGGAUCCUGGCUAAGAAAUAUCCCAAUUUCAUCAUCAACUGUGUCUGCCCUGGCUUUGUGAAAACAGACAUGAACUUCAAUAGUGGGAUCUUAAGUGUUGAAGAAGGUGCAGAGAGUCCUGUGAGAUUAGCAUUGUUGCCUAAUAAUGGCCCUUCUGGUCUCUUCUUUGCUAGGAAAGAAGAGUCAGAAUUUUAAUCAAAGCUUGCUUGAUUCAAGUAAGUUAAGCUUGUGAAGAUGUGUUUUGAGUGUUGUGUGGUUGGCGUGUAAAGUUACAGAAAACUCUAAUAAAAGCAUUUGGAAGAAUAAGAGUUAUGAUAUUUGUAAAACAAUAAUGUAAUCGACAUAGCUUGUAACCAGACAUGCAAUGAUCUAAUUGGCCAAAAUAUUUGUCAAGAA